GUAGUCCCGACGCUCCAAGAUGAAUGGAGGCAACAUGCUAUAUGUCGGCGACGAAAUUGGAGCCUUAGUUUUCGAUCCAGGGCACCAUUCGUUGCGUGUGGGCUACGCGCAAGAGGAUUCGCCGAAGGCUGAGAUACCCUCUGUUGUCGGCAUUGGAGCAUCCCCAACUCCGGAUACGAAUUUUGAUCCAGAUACCAAAACUGACAACAAUGUGACGCCCAACAGAGGCCUUGUCCGCCACUACGUCCUCGUUAUCCCGCCUGCAGCCUCCAGUUCAGCUCCAGCUCCUACUCCCGCUCCCGCAUAUUUGUUUGUUUAGUUACUAGUUUAUCGAGCAUGCGAAGUGUGUGUGGCAAAAGUGUGUGCGAUUUUUGGUUGGACUGGUUUGUACUGAGGACCAUCAAGCGAGAGUUGUGCCAGAGCCGAUAUGGGCAGCUCCUUGACCCGAACAGAUCUGAGGAAUUCAUCGUAUUCGGUCUUGACUGUGGCCUGCUCUUCGGGACCCAGUGGUACGGACGCAUGUGUCUC